AUGAUGAUUAUAAAUCUGUACAAGAGUCUGAAGGAGGAACGGCCAGAUCUUAACUACAGACCGUUAAUUGCAUUGCUCUCCAAACGGACCGGAAUCGGCCAGUUGACAAUUUCGAAAGCUGUGUCGGAAUAUAAGUCAACAGGCGCCGUAACGUCUCCAAAUACGAAGAGACCCCGCAUGAAUAUUUUGGAAAAGACAUCCGAGGAGGCGAUAUUGGGCAUAAGGAAGAAAGUGCACGAGUUUUGGUUUCGGCGAGAAAUUCCCAACAUGAAAAAAAUAUUGGAGGCUGUGAACGAAGAUCCCCAACUACCGGGUUUCAGCGAAUCGUCGCUAUAUCGUCUGCUGAAGCGAAUGGAAUUUAAAUAUGUCGUUCGCGUGCGUAAUAGCGCGCUGAUCGACAAGGAGCACAUUGUCACCUGGAGGCAGCGAUAUAUAGAAGACAUACAGAAGUAUCGUUCCGAAGGGCGUCCGAUCUAUUUUCUGGAUGAGACGUGGGUCAACGCAGGAGAUGUCCGACGAAAACUGUGGGUGGACACUUCAGUCACCUGCCCCGCAAAUGCAGAACGCAGGGGCCUGUCCACUGGAAGUAUACCGGAGCCAGCCAAUAAAGGCAAACGACUUAGUCACGUCGGGUCAUUGGAGGGGUUUGUACCUGGAGCCCUCCUCUGUUUUGAGGCGAAGAAAAAUUCUGCCGACUACCACGACGAAAUGAAUGGGGACACAUUUUUCCGCUGGUUUCGCACCUUUUUGCCCAUGCUACGAGAUGGGGCAAUUAUUGUUAUGGACAACGCGCCUUACCAUAGCACCAAAGUUGAAAAAUAUCCCACAAUGAGCUGGAGGAAAGAUGACAUCAUUACGUGGCUGAUCGGUAAGGGGUAA